AGGGGGCACGAGCCGCGGGAAGGAGCCGUGCCUCCCUGCCGUCCGCCCGCAGUGCGCGCUACGCGAUAUCACUGGCCGGUCAUGUGUGUGUCACUCUCACGUUUACACUGGUACCGUUCGGAGUGCUUGGUUACCGCGCUGCCGCCGCUGUUACCGUCAACCGAACAGUGUGUGCCCAGUAUACACGGUGUGCGGCCGGAAGUUUAAAGUGUCUCCCGUUCCGUGUCCUGGACGUGGCGAGAGCUGGCGAAAUCCUGUUGGUGCGGGCAUCAUCAACGGAGAGACGACGGAGCGCGCUGUAAAAGGGAAAGAUCGGCUGCGUGGUGCGCGACGGAGGAAAAGGAAAAAAAAGAACGAAACGUCAACGGCGCGAGGGGGGGGUGGGGAGAACGAAGUGCAUAGAAACACGGUUUCGGAGUUUUCGCUGUCUCUUCUCGUCCUCUCUUUAUACGUACGUACGUGUAUUCAGAGGAGCAAGGAGUGGCUGCUGUUGGUGGCCGAUCGUCCAAACAACAGAGGAGAAGAGAAGAGAAAGAAGAGAGAGAAAGGAGAAAGAUCGUGCGCGCCUCAUGGCCCUGUUGUUUGUUGGUCCGACGUGAUCACGAGGAGAAAGAGAAAAGGAGAGAGAGAGAGAGAGAGAGGAGAAGAGAGAAAGGUCCGAGUGACUGUGCUUGGUGUUUUGGUGGAAAAAUAACGAAGUGGUGAUCGGUGCUCGGUUUUUCUUCAACGCGAUUCAGUGCUAUAACGUGGGGUUUUUCUUUUUUGGGGGAGAGGCACGCUGGUUGGAGGUUCGGGAUAGAAGAAAAUAGAAGACUCUAAAUAGACGAAUAGGAGGAGAAAGAGGAGGUGGAGAAAGGGUGAUUGGAAGACCCGGCUGGCGAUCCGAAUUCGCGGAUUCGACACGCCGUGGUUGCCGAUCCAUAAUAUGGCGUACAAGUUUCGCGAAGAGAUCGUGGGAAAGAGGUUUCUCUCGGUGAGUGGUUUCACCAAGCUAAAGGUGAAUAAAAUCAGUGAGUGGGGGUGGCGUGCAGGGGUGAUUCGUGCUGCCAGUCACAGGGAUAACAGCUGUCACGAUCUUCAGAUCCUCGUAGAAUACGACGACGUAGAGUGGCAAAGGAGAGAAUGGUUGUCGCCACACAGGGACGCAGUGUUCUCCUUCUUUCUGGUGGAAAAAGGACUAUAUUGGGCCGAGCGACCUGACCCCAGGCAUGCCAGUCUCAUCGCCAUCGAUCACCACAAUCACUCGAAUAACAACCUCCAUCACCACCAUCACCACCAUCAUCAUCGUAUCAACGGGAAACCCCUGAGGGGUGCCACCGCUGUCGCAAAUACUGUCGCCUGGCCUGCUCUUACGUUUUAUCCCCUGGUGGCGCGUGCAGAAUUGCCAGAAGACGCGAUGCCUCUCGAAUUCAUGCAAGACAGGAGGUUGGACUUUGUCGAUUACUCGAAACUGAAGCCGUUCACCCAGGACUGGGAGCUGACAAAGGGCUCGGUACCUUGGGCGAGCGCUGUCAGACGAUGGGCAGAGAUGCAGGAUGGACAGAGGAUCUUGCUGACCACGCCGAGUGUCCUGGUUGGUUUCAGGGUCGAGGUUUAUCGGGCCGAGGGCACCACACAAUGGUACACUGCCGUCAUUGUCGGCUACAACGAGUCCACCAAGGACUUGACUGUCACCGACGACACAGUUCUCGAGGAUCACAACGAGGACCCCGGUUUAGUACAAAUGCGGCUGAUUGGCGACGGAGUGGUGGAGAGCAUCAUGAGAGGCGAGGUCGUCGGCAUGACACCGAGGAGGUCGAGGUCAUCGACUGCUCUGACGCACGCGCUUGUUGUGCCACGACCUGGAAGGAGGCCCCGAGGACGUCCUGGAAACGCAGCACAGCUACAGACUACGCCCAGGAUACAGAGCCCCAUUUCGCAGCAGCUUGAAAAAGAGAAGAACACCGCGCGCAACAGUCGACGGACACGCGUUAGCGAGGGCGGUAAUCGCGACAAGUUAGAGAAAGAGGGUGAGAGGAAUUUGUCGACGCGAUUAGAGGAUCGGGAGAACAAGGGUCCACCGUCGGGCAGGCCCAACAAUCGCAUACCACGAAGCGUGUUGGAGGAGGCGAACAGUGGUUCGAGCAGCGCGUCGAAGCUGCGAAAACGGGGUACGACCGUGAAGAGUCCGGUCGAGAGCGCGUCGCAGAGGCCGGUACGACGAAGACCCAGGCCAGCCGGUCCGGAAACGAAAACAGACUCGGACGAUCUAGAACGAAGCACGAGCGACGCGAAAUCUCUCGAAAAAGAGGACCGUCUAAGCGGCAGAUCCGAGGAAGAGGACCGAAGCGAGGAACAAGAGGAAGAGGAGAAUCAGGAGGAUCGUUGCGACCCACUGAUCAAGAGGCUGAGGACGAGUCCGAUCGCUAGAAAGCUUAGAUCGGAUCAGAAAGAAAAGAGUAGCGAAGACAACGCGCCGUCAGAUCUAGAGGAAACGUCGGAAGAGGAAGAGAGAAAUCGACAAAACGCGGAGAGCGGAAAGGUCGAAAAGCUCGAAGAGAACGAGGAAAGUCAGUCGAGAGAACGGGACAGAGAACCAGAGCCUCCGCCUCCGAACAAAGUAGAUCCCGGAGGCGACACGGUUCUCGAUCAGAAGCGGCAACUGGACGCGGAAAAGGAGGCUGGAACAGAGAAUCGAGAGGACGGCAAGGAACAGGUGUUCGUGAAUGGAUCGCUGGUCGAGUCAUCGUCGGUGGUCGGUGACAAAGCGAGCGUCCUCCUCGAUGCCGAGCAGACGCUGCUGAAACCUGCGAGCGAGUCGAAAGUCAAAGGCAUCGAGGAAGGAGGAGUGGAGGAGAGGAAAGAAGAGGAGGAAAAAGAGGAGCAGCGACGGGCAGAGGAGGAAGAGGAAGAGGAUCGGUGCUCUCGGAAGAGCGGCGAGCUGACCACCGAGCUAGGCACGGAGGAUAGCGUGGGUAGCGUAAGCGGUGCGAGGGCGGCAAGCGUCGAAUCGGUCGUCGAACUGCUGGAGUCGAGUAGUCAGGACUCAGGCUCCGUGCUGGAGAGGCUGAGUCCGCUUAAUAGCAGCGGCGGCGGCGGCUCUGCCAGGCAGAGCCUGCUCCUGGAGCAGCAACGGGAGCAGGAGCGAAACCGGCAUAACGAGAGCCCCGUCAUUCUAGCCGAGAGAUUGAACAAGCCGCCACCGCCGGUCGCUGGUCAUCAUCAUCAUCACCUUCAGCAAUACCAUCAGCAUCACCAUCAACAGCCGCCGCCGCACCACCAUCAGCAACAACGCUACUCCACCGACAGCCCGGUGAUACACCAUCAUUCUCAGCCUCAGCAUCAACAGCAGCUCCAACAGCAGCAACAUCAGCAUCAACAACAACACCAACAGCAACAGUUCCAGCAUCAACAUCAGCAGCAACAGCAGCUCCACCAGCAGCAGCAGCAGCAGCAGCAUCGGGUAGCGAGCAGUCCGCAUCAACACCAGGCGCAGCAUCAUCAUCAGCUGGCCUCGUCAAGCCUCCUCGAGGUGCAACAGCAGUCUCACACAUCGAGGGGCGGCGAUGAGGCCAGCCUCAUGGAAGUGGAGGCCGGGGCGGGUAUACCUGGAAGCGGAGUGCUCUCUGGUGUACCGUCGGCGAUCGGCAUCCGAGCGAUCGGAGCCGGGAGUGGCGCCGCGACUGGAACCUAUGGAGACAGCGGCUCCGACAGCGGGGUAAGCUCGCUUAGGAGCGCCGGCUCCGGCGACGAGAGGAGCGGCAGCAGGAGCUCGGCGCUCAGCGUCGACGAGACCACCACCUCGUCGACGCCUACCGCGGCCGCGACGCCGGCCAGGGUCUGGCACGUGCAGAGCGUCCAGCACACCUCCUUACUGAUGGCUCAUCCCCAGGCACCGCCUAGCGCUGGACCGAGUUCAGCAGCCGCUGCAGCCACCGCACCACCGGUCGGAUACCAGAGUCCGGCACCACCUGGACAUCAUCAUCCCGCCGUCGCGUCCGAGAUGCUCUGGAGGUCUCCUAGGUACCCGCCACUACCCCAUUCGCUGCUAGCGCCUACACAGCCCAGUCCCGAGGAGGUGGUCGAGAGGGAGAGGAUGAUUCGUGAGCGGCGAGAAGCGGAAGCGAAGCGUGAACGGGAGGCCAACAUGGAAAGGGAGAGGCUGGAGAAGCAAAGGGCCGAACAGGCGGUUCACAAGCACUUCGAGGAGUCCUUCAGGCUGGCACAACAAAAGGUGCCUUAUGCUCCACAGAAGAACAUGCAGUCGACCUCGAUGGCGUGGAACACGUUCAUACCGUUGCCGCCACCAGGAAGCAGGCCUCACGGUGCCCCGCAUUCCGGCAUGACCGCUCACGUGGGUCACCAUCAUCCGGGACCAGGUGCGACCAGUGCGCAUCCAGUGACGGUGGCGCAGCAACAGCAACGAGAACGAGAGGAACGGGAGAGAGAGCGAGAAAGAGAGAGGGAACGAGAGGCGAGAGAAAGAGACGCGAGGGAGCAAAGGCAACGAGAAUCGGAGAAUUUGGGGAUAAGGGAACACCUGGCUGCGGCCGAGAGACUGCACAGGCAGGCAGAGGCUAGGGACCACAUCGCGGCUCAACAGAGGGCCGCUUAUUACGCGGCCACCGCACCUCCGACUCAACAGGUGUCUCGACCGUCGAGCGUACCCGUUAAAGACUAUCCGCCUCCACCGGCGCACUCGAGGACCUCCAAGUCGUCGUUGCCCGUUGGUAGUAUGCACGAGAAACCGCCGUCGGUGGUCGGUCCAUCUCACAGUUCGCUACCGAAAGUCGAGCCGAACGUCGGUCUGUUCAGUUACUCGACGUACCAGCCGCAGACUUCGUACGCGAUGCACGACAUGAAGGUUAAAAGCGACGUGGGACAACCGCAUAAGUCGAUGACGAGUAAAAGCGGUAUGGGCAGCGGUCUCGAGAGGGACCAUCACGGCAGGGAAGUGUUACAGAAUCCUCCGACGAUGAUGUCGGAUCACAAGAGCUCGGUGAUAGUGAAGAACGAGGGUCGGGAACUUCCGAAAGCACCGUCGUCGCAGCAACACUCGCCGAGCCCGAAAAUCAUGCCUUAUUUGAACGUGCAGUCGGUACCGCCGCAACACAAACCGUACGAGUAUAGGAGCCCAACGCAAAGUCCUCACCACCUUCACCACCUGGACGGUCUACAGGCGGCGAAGAGUAUACCUCAGGGUCACCAUAGAAGCAGUAGCGGGUCGACAACCACCACGCAAUUACCCAGCCCUCACGGGCAUCCACCGCCGCAUUCGCACAAUCGACAGUCACCGCAUGCUCAGCAUCCUCAUCAGCCACCGCAUCCGUCGCCACCCGAGCCGCGUUAUCUCACCAGGCCGGAACCUGGCCUACCUUACGCUACUGCCAAGUCCUCGUAUCCGUAUCCGCAUCCGCAUCCGCCCACGGCAUCGCCGACCUCGCAUUACGCAGCGCCGGCGGGUUCGAAGCCGAAAGUAAGCAGCCCCGCGCCCCAACAUAUAUACGGGAGACCGAAUUCGGGCAUCAUGACCGGCACCCCGGUGUGUAGAGCCUCCGAACCGGCGGUCGCGGCACCGAUACCUCUCACCUCGAAAGCCGGCAGCUCGCCUUACCAGCAAGUGCCUCACCAUCACGGGGCGGCGCCUCCACCUUUGCCGCCACCGGCUCACAGUAGAUCCGUCUACGAUUCGAGAGGUUAUCCCGGAUCAUUGCCGGCCGCGAAAUUACCACCACCGCCGCUUCACAGUUCGCCACCGACCGCCACAUCGGCGCCCCUCUCCAGGCCGAUCGUGCAUCCGGCUCAUCACACCAGCCCUCAUCAGCAACCACCCGGCCAGACGAUACAGCACGCGCAACCUCAAAUGCAAAACACCACCUUCCAGACGCAACCGUUGAAUCUCGGCGUCGAGAGAUCCGGUUCGCCCAAGAGGAAGGCGCCUACACCCUCGUUGACCGAGAAUCCCGGUCAACCGGUGUCCCUCGAGGUCUGCAAGAAACGCAGAACCGAGGAGCCAUCGCAACCGUUGUCCCUGCAGUGCGUAGGUCCACCGGUUCUUUCUCGAGUUAGCGAACCGAGCCCGCUGAUCGCAUCGGCCGCCACCUCGAUCACCACCGUGGUCAACACCGCGGCGUUACUCGCCCAACCGAACAGUCAAAGCCAACAGGAACGAACCGCGACGGCGGUCAGUCCGGCGCCAAGAACCGCCAGCGGGGACGGUUCCGUACGACCGGCGAGCGCGGGAAGCGCGAGCUCGUUGAACCCUGCCACGGUCAGCGCCGCACCCAGCCCGGCACCCAUACCUAGUCCGGCGCCCUCCACGGCGCCGAGUCCAGCGCCUAGCGCGCCCGGCACACCGGCCAAAGCCAAUCCUACGAUCGACAGCGAAAAGUCGAACAGUCCGGCACCGAGGCCGCCGAGCAGCACCAGCUAUCCCGUUCACAAGCUGAAGAAGGCCUGGCUGCAGAGGCAUUCCGGCGAGGAUGGCACCGAGGACACCACCGGUGUCGUUGGUAGCGGUUCUUGCCUCACCUUGCCUUUGAACAUCUCUCAAGCACCCUCUCAACCCUUGAACAACAAGGAACGCGACGCUACGUCGAACGUGACCAGCAACGCGACCACCACUUGCCUACCAAGCGCCGUCAAUUCGAUUCACAAUAUCGGUAGCAUGGCGGUGAACAGCAUCAACAAGAGCAAAGUGUCCGCCAAGAGCGGUCGAAAAACGACCAACAAGGAAUCCCUGAACGGACACGCGACGGAUACAAAAAAUUUACAAGAAGACUCGUCCAGCAGCGACCCGGAGAGAAAGUCGCCGCCAAAAAGAAAGCCACCCAAGGUAAAACGAAAGAAAGGCGCCGCACGGAGGCAGCAAACCACCGCGGAAGAUCAGCGGAGACGAAAGGAAGAUAAACAAAGCGGAGGAGGAGGAGGAGGAGGAGGAGGUGGUGGCGGAGGUGGUGGAAAUGGCGGAGGAAAUGGAGCAGCAGCAGGAGGAGGAGGUGGCGGCGGUGGAGGAGCUGAAAGAGGAACAGGAGGAGCUGGUGCAGGAAGCGAGUCUAGUAACGAAAGCGAGGCCGGUUCCGCUAGCGAUACUAGCGAACAGUUGGGUUCCAUUCAACCAGCGUCCAGGGUUCGCCAUACCACGGCCAAUUCCAACAAUUCCUCGGGAAACGGAAAUAACAAGGAACCGAGGAAACGGGGCAGAAGACCAAAGACUACAAAGGGUGGCAAUGAAUUGGGCGGGGAGGAUCAACAGCCACGGCAAAAGAAAGAACGCAGAGACGACAGCGCGAGCGGCGGUAACAACGGGCCAGGUGGAAGCGGCGGAAGGGGUGAUCCCUUUCGUCGACCUUCGAUAUCUCAGCUGAAAAAGACCGGUGAUAGUUGGUUGCAAGACGGGGCUUGUUUCGAGGUCGCCCCGAAAUUGGCGAAAUGUCGUGAGUGCAGAUGGACACCGCACCAACGCUCCAAAAAUCUUCCACAAAACAUUUUCUGCAGAUUCUAUGCAUUCCGUAGAUUACGGUAUACCAAAAACGGACAAUUGGCUAUAGCUGGAUUCAGUGAUCCUCAUAAAGAUGCAUCCGAGGUGGAUCUUCGAUUAUGGUUGCCUGGAAAGGAUAAUUCUGACACGAAGAAAGAUGAGAAGUCUGACAAAAGCGAUAAAGAGAAGGGAGACAAAGAAGACUUAGAUCUGGAAAUGGCUCACAGAUUGCUUUGUCAAGUCGGUGAUCAGCUUUGCGAUCUGUUGCAUCAGGAGAAGGAUGCUCUUCAGCAACACAUGGCAGAAGCAAGUUCGGGACUUGUAGACGGAACUGUGGCGUGGAAGAGAGUGGUCCAGGGUGUUCGAGAGAUGUGCGACGUCUGCGAGACAACCCUAUUCAAUUACCACUGGGCUUGCGGUAAAUGCGGUUUCGUUGUUUGCAUCGAUUGCUACAAGGGACGCAAGAAUGGAACGAUCAAGAUUUGGGGGGAAAGCGGAAAGGACAGGGAUGACUUUUCCUGGCUGUUGUGCACGAAUAGACAAGUACACGAACCAGAACGACUGAUGCUCACGCAAAUAAUCGCUGGCGAUAGCCUGAUACACCUUGGACAACGAUUGCACGAAUGUAGAGCGGAAUGGGGAAUACCUCAGCACUGUGGUUGUUCGCUGAUCGUACAAACUCCUGCAAACGAUUAUCUUCGAAAUCUGAUAAAAGGUGAUUCGGUACCGGUUCUGAACGGUAAUAUUAAACAAGAAGUAAAGGAAGAGAAGAAGGUGAACGAAUCGAACGGGUCGUCGGAGAGUAAGACGAACGGAGAAGACAAAAAUUCACCGUUGAAUUGGUUGGCGGAUGUCGCGUUACAGAAUCAAGAUAAAAACGAAAGCGCUUCCAGUUCGGAUUCCGACGAGGAUCGGGACGGUAAUUAUUCCACGUUGAGGGAGCUGCUCAUCCGACCGUCCCACAAGUCGAACGGCAGUGGAUCUAGAUCGAAUUCACCGACGAACAAUAGCAGCAACGCGAACGCUACCGCGGGAAAUAACACGCAGAACAACGUAUCGAAAUCCGGUAAGAAGUCGAAAAUGGACACGUUGGACGAGGUGAUAUCGAGCGUGAUAGAGCACAGCGUGAAGAAGGAGAGGGAAGCUGGACUGGACGAUGAGAAACCGAGGGAAUUGAAGCAUUUUGUAAGAAGAUACAAAUGGACACAGAAAGGAAGGGAACCAUUGCCAAUUCGAAUUAUGACGUUGACGGAAAGCAAGAGUUUAUACCCGGAUGUGCCGCACUCUUGGCUCUGCGAUGGAAAGCUCCUCAGGUUAAACGAUCCGAACAACCCGAACAACUACAGAAUAUUUCAAGAUCAGUGGAAACGCGGACAACCGGUCAUCGUGUCCGACGUUGCGAAGGCUUUAGACAUGAACCUCUGGCAUCCGGACUCGUUUGCCAGAGACUUCGGCGAUGAAAAGAACGAUCUGAUCAAUUGCAUGACCGGGAAUCUGGUUCCUAAUCAGCCGAUGCGCAAGUUCUGGGAAGGAUUCGAGCAUUUCUCGAAACGAUUGAAGGACGAGCGUGGAAAUCCGAUGUUGCUGAAGCUAAAGGAUUGGCCACCCGGCGAAGAUUUCGCGGAACUGUUGCCAUCGAGAUUCGCGGAUCUCAUGAAAGUUUUACCCUUAUCGGAAUACACUCAUCGAAACGGACGAUUGAAUUUAGCCAGUCGUCUACCGGACUGCUUCGUGAGACCAGAUUUGGGACCUAAGAUGUACAAUGCUUACGGUUCGGCUCUUCAUCCUAACAAAGGCACAACCAAUCUUCAUCUGGAUAUUUCCGACGCAGUGAACGUGAUGGUUUACGUAGGCAUUCCAAAGGAUGCUGACAACGAUGAACACGUUAAAGAAGCACUGAGAGCGAUAGACGAAGCCGGCUGUGAUAUCCUGACACGGCGACGUGUUCGCGAACGUGGCGAAGCACCCGGUGCUUUAUGGCACAUUUACGCAGCUAGGGAUGCUGAUAAAAUUCGUGAUCUAUUGAACGCGGUCGCGUUGGAACGUGGUGCUCGUUUGGAACCGCAUCACGAUCCGAUUCACGAUCAAAGCUGCUAUCUCGAUGGACCCCUACGAGAACGCUUGUAUCGCGAAUACGGUGUCGAAGGAUACGCAAUCGUGCAGUGUCUAGGCGACGCAGUAUUCGUGCCAGCCGGCGCGCCGCAUCAAGUCCGUAAUCUUCACAAUUGUAUCAAAGUAGCCGAGGAUUUUGUAUCCCCAGAAAAUGUAUCGCACUGCUUCCAUCUUACCCAAGAGUUCCGUGCAUUAUCGGACACCCACACCAACCACGAGGACAAGCUGCAAAUUAAAAACAUUAUCUAUCACGCUGUGAAGGAUUCCUUGACCGUUCUGUCCAACAUCAAGGAGGAUACUCUUGCCAAACUGAAGACGAAUAACGAGAUAAAGAAGGAAGAGACGUAGCCCUAGGCCCCCUGUCGCGGUCGCAAGUACCGUUGAUGAUCAUUGUUCGAUUUAAAAUCUCGCUGUCAACCGGCGAGUGAUAACCUGUUGCCGCCCCUCGUUCGCUUUCCCGAACGGCGAAUCAGCUGAUCAGACCGGGAGGAAUGGAGGAUUUUUUCAUCUAGGAUGCUGUUCCGAAACCUGUUCCGAGGUGCAAGAAUUUGUUGUGAUAUUUGACGAGUAACUCAAAAAGUUUGAUUUUUUCGGUAUUGGCUGAGCCAAUGGAGAUUAUUCGUUGUUUCAUUUGAAUAUUUCCUUUUUUCGUACAAUAUAUAUAUCGUUUCCUUUGUCGAGCAACGUGCUGCUGGCGGACAUGAAGUCCGCGAGUCUGUUUUAUUUUUCUUUUUAUUUUUCUCUCUUUUUUUCUUUUUUUUUUUUUUUUCUUCAAUCGAGAAAUACGAUGGAGUCGUCGGUGCCAUCGCGAACGCACCACGUCCAUUACCAUUGUGAUACCAGAAGGGAGGACUUUGGAUCAUACAUUAUUUGUAAUUACUUAUAUCGUGCCUGUAUUCAGUACAUACUGUCUAUAUUAUAUAAAUGUAGAUAAUGGAUUACUGUGUAAUGAAUUCUUACUAGCAACUAUGAGAGGAUUGUCUAGAGGUACCUUUGUGCAAUUAGAUGUCGAUUUAAAUUGUUAGCUGGAUCAGUGAUAAUUGUCGAUCCGCGUUACGUGCUCUCGUGAUCUGGUGCUUUUGGUCUAUAGAGCAAGGAAAGAAAGAAAGAUAGAAAGCAACAAAGAAAUUUGGCUUUGUCAGAUGGCCGAUAUAUAUUUCUUAUCAGAUUCUUGUGUUCAACGCGACAAAGAACACAAGAGGAUAACACUGCCUGUUUGUUCGCGCAUCGAUCCAGUGAAACGGAUCGAACAGUUUGAUUUUUACGCGUCCAGUACGUUCGUUGUAAUAUAUAAUAUAAUUGCAGUUCAGCUUUCUCGAGAGUAUUUUUCCGUUCGUCAUUUACCUCCGAAACAUAUAUCGGCUAUUAACGAACAAAGUCUGUUCGAAGGUUCGUAUGACUGUGUCGUUUUGAAAAAGGCAUCGGAACAAGAAAGAGUUAAAGAAAUCUUUCGACGUUAUUAUGUCUAUACGGGAUGCAAGAUCGAUUUGAGAAUAGACUUUAUUGAAUUUAAUGUUUUUUAUGAUAGAUUGAAUUGACGUUGUGGCCCAGUGAUGACCCAGUAAUAAGGGUGAAAAGAAAACGAGAAAACAAACAAAAAAAAAGUAAGAAGAAACAAAGUAAAAUGAGAAUCAUAUUAUUUUUGUCAAAUCACGCAAAACCGUCUAUCCGAUAGAGCAGCGAUAUUCUAAUUGUAUUAUAAUUAAUAAUUAAUAACUAUGGUAACAUUAUUUAACGCGAAGUAAUGCCUGUAAUUUGACUUUCGAAGUGCCAAUGUUUCGAACGACGCGGAACAUCCUCGAGUGUUGUUCGCGCGUUUUGUAUCGUACGGGCGUAAGAGUAAGUAAACGCGAGAGGAAGAGUAACAAAUUCGAAAUGAGGGAACAGAGUACAGAUCAGUCGUGCAGAAUUCGGUGAUCAAUUGAGAGGGAAAUAGAGAGAGAUCGAGUUCCUAUCGUUCAACUUUUCUCGCAAUCAAACGAACCGCUGCUAUUCGCGACGCGUCCGGAGCUUCUCGAAACUCGUAGUCGUCCUCGAUCGCCUUUCGAUUUCCACGAUUUUACGUUUCUUACUCCCGCAAGUUGGCUCAUAUCCCGCGAUUCGAUCAAAUUUUCCGAUGAAAAGAAAAAAGAAGAAGAAGAUGAAGAAGAGAGGAGGGCAACGAUUUUCGAGGACAAUGGACUUACACACAUAGAUCCAAACACACCACGCGUAUUACAUAUGUAGUUUAACGUCUCGAUCGUCGGACGCGUUCUUUACGGCUGAUAUCCGUGCACGGGUGAAAAAGAAAGGAAAAAUAACAAGAAGAAAAGAAAUCUUUCACUGGAAUCCUGGAAACCGCAAUUUCUUUGAUCUCAACGUUCGUCUAGCAUACAACGACUUGAUUAAAAUAAAUAUUUAACGAGUAAAUUUUUAAAUAUCUUAUUAGAUAAGAAGUAAGGUUUAACGCUACGGAAAUUAUUAAGUAACAAACGCAGUAAACAAAAUGGCAAAAAAAGAAAUACCCUUAUUAUUCACACAAGCGACACAUGUUGGAUAACCGAUGAUUAAUUAAAAAGAAAAAAAAAAAAUUAUG